AUGGGCAAGUGUUGCAGUCUUCAUACUGCUGGGAAGCUCCGUAGCCACUGAUGGGACCAGAAGUGGCAGGGUAAAUAGUACAAGAAAGCCCAUUUGGGCACAGCCCUAAAGGCCAACCCUUUUGGAGGUUCUUCUCAUGCCAAGGGAAUUGUGCUUGAAAAAGUAGGGGUUGAAGCCAAACAGCCAAAUUCUGCCAUCAGGAAGUGUGUCGGGGUUCAGCUAAUCAAUAAUGGGAAAAGAAUUAGAGCCUUUGUACCCAAUGAUGGUUGUUUGAACUUCAUUGAGGAAAAUGAUGAAGUUCUGGUUGCUGGAUUUGGUCGCAAAGGUCAUGCUGUUGGUGACAUUCCUGGAGUCUGCUUUAAGGUUGCCAAAGUAGCCAAUGUCUCUCUUUUGGCCUUAUACAAAGGCAAGAAGGAGAGACCAAGAUCAUAAGUUUUGAAGGUAAA